UAUUAGAAUAGAAGAGGAGAUCAGACUCUCUCUCAGGGUCACUUUUGAAUGAAUCAGUGUUAUUGCUGGAGUCACAGGACGCUCACAAUGAAGUGUCUCAUUUCACUUUACCUUCUGACAUCAAUUCUGCAUUUAUCCAGCAGUGCAGAUUGGUGCUACCAGACACAAGUGAGUUGUGGUGGACAUUGUAAAGGUCCAGAGCUUUGGAAGGACGUAAACAGAGACUGUGGAAAUAACAGACAGUCACCGAUCAACAUCGUGACAAAGAAAACCAAACUGGACGAGCGUCUGACGCCUCUUAAAUUUAACGGUUAUGAGACCAAAUUCGACAGCAUCAUAAAAAACAACGGUCACUCCGUUCAGGUGGAUAUACCCAACAACACACCUACAGUGUCUGGAGGAAACCUGGGAGACACAUAUAAAGCCGUUCAGUUUCAUCUUCACUGGGGAACAAAGGGAGGACCCGGAUCUGAACACACUAUUGAUGGAGAACAGUAUCCUAUGGAGCUGCAUAUCGUCCAUAUUAAACAAAGAUACAACAAGAUAGAGGAUGCAUUGAAAGAUCCAUCAGACAUCGCAGUUCUGGGAUUCUUCUACGAGGUAUCAAACAGCGCAAACAAAGGCUAUGACCAGCUUAUAGAUGCCUUAAAGAAAAUACAAAACACGAAUGGAAACAUGACUCUUCGAAAGAUCUCGCUUAGCCAGUUCAUUCUGUCAGAGGAGAAAAUGACUAAUUAUUACCGUUACGAUGGAUCUCUAACCACACCAGGCUGCAAUGAAGUCGUGGUCUGGACUGUCUUUGAAAAUCCCAUUCCUAUCAGCAAAGAACAGCUUGAAAAAUUUUCAUCUCUGAAGUUCCAUGAUGGGAAGACAAUGGAGCUAACAUUUCGACCUGUACAGUCUCGUAAUGGACGCGUAGUGUAUCGGUCGAGCGGUCAGGUGGUCGUAGUCAGCGCUCUGCUUCUCUUUACGUCCAUCACUACAGCGUUCAGUCUCAUCUGAACUAAAGGCGACCCGAUCCAAACGACCACAAUGAGUUCUCAUCAAAUCAACGGACCAACAAGAGAAAACCCAAACUACAGAAUUACAGCACAUCAAAUGACGAAUAACAUAAUAUCUACAGGAAACUACUGUAGUUAGUUAGUUAGUUAGUGUAGAAAUAAGUCUUGAUCUGACAGUGACUGCAUGACUUGUGCUCUCAGUAGUGUUGGACUAAAGUCUGUUAGCACCUCUGUGAAGGGCUGGCAACAAAGAAAUGCAUGACCUUUCUGUAUCAUAGACACACACACACAGGUUAUAUUUACAGCAUGAUGCUGGAAAGCUUUUGAUCCAAGUUUCUGGAUAUGUCCCAUAUAAAUACACAAACCAAUACAACUACACACACAACUUCACAAACCUGAGCUCCAUUACAACAUACCAGUGGCUAGUGGCAUAAACUUCUAAUGUUGCAUUCACACCAGACGCGGAAGAGGCGGCAAGCGCGAGGGAUUUACAUGUUUACAUAUACAAGUCAAUGCAAAGACGCAAAUCGGCAUCGUGCGGUACACACAAAUGGCAUGGUGCGAAUGGCCUAAUGCUGCGUUCAGACCAGCCACAGUAGAGGCGUCAAGCGCGAGUGAUUUCAAUGUUAAGUCAAUGUAAAGACGCGUUGACGUGCGUCUGGAGGUCUCACGGCACGAUGAGGCAUUUAGAUGCGCGAUAGAUGCGAUUCCGCCUCAUUUGCGCAUCUAGUUCGCGCGAAUUGAGCGUUGCCGCGGAAAACGCACAAGUUGAAAAUGUUAACUUUGGCGGAAAAACGCACUGCGUUAACUGAUCAGGGGAUUGCUCUAGUACUGACGAGAUUACAGGAAGCGAGCGGAGUCGCAGAAGCCUACGGAAGGCCCUCCCAUGACGCAAAUGUCCGCGUGAAUGUCUCAAUGACUACGAUUUCACGUGCGGCUUUCAGGCGCAAAUGAAGCGAGUAACCUAAAAAUGUUCAAGCGGCAAACUAGAUGCAGUAGAUACGAAUUUGACGCAGCUGGUGUGAACCCACGGUAAUGCGCGACGGCGUGUUCCGCGUGAAUUAAGCGUUGCUGCGGGAGACAUGCAAGUUGAAAAAUCAGGAGCUUGCUCUAGUAGUGACGUGAUUACAGGGAGCAAGCCGAGUCGCAGAAGCCCCUCCCAUUAUGCGAUUUUCCACGUGAAUGUCUCGAAUGACUAGAAUUUCACGCGAAUUAAGCAAGUAAACUCAAAAUGUUCAAGCGUCCAACUACAUGCGAAUAGCACGUUUUUGCUGCCGCUACCGCGGCUGGUGUGAAUGAACGGUAAGACUAGUCUUAAAGGGCAUGUACACUAAAGCGUUUAAACGUGGCUAAAAAAUGGCAUGUGGACACAGACUGUAGGCACUUUCCAGCUUUUUUCAGGUGAGCGCUUUGGUUGCUAUGAUACUUCUGCUUUUUUAUCAGUCGUUGAACGAUGCGCCGGUUGGUUGUUGGGAUAUUAGUCCCGCCCAUCCUCUGCUGUGAAAAGACGGCCAAGUGAGUAGUGACAUUGAUUAGCUGAGCUUUUCACCAAAAGUUGAACAUUUUUCAACUCUCUGCAUUCAGCGUGGAAUAACCGUUGAGUGCUGGCGCUCAGUGCGGACAAAACCCGUCAGCUUCUGUCGAAUGGAAAAGCGCGGCACUUCCAUUGGAAACAAUUGAAAACAUACGCCAGGUGUGCACAUCCCCUUAAAAUUUGUCAUUAGUCAGUAUUUUUUUCUUGAAGACUGAUCAUAACUGUUUUAAGUAUGUUACAUAGAAAGAUAAGUCUAAUUUAAAUCCAAAUAGUAAAACUGAUAAGCUCUCACUAAUUGCUAGUUGGUCAGACCAACAUGAUCUAACAAGAAUUUGUACGUAUUUCACAAGUUCGCUAAUUCGUAAGUGAAUCGUACAAAAACAUACAAUUUUUAUAAAAACCACUAACGAAACCCCACCUCUAAUGUUUCAAAUCCACUUGACUUUCAAGGCGAUAUGAAUGAUAAUGCUUCAUGAUAUUCUGUUUACCAUCAUUUUUACCCCCUGCAACAUGAGAGUGAGAAAAUGACAACAAAAUGUGACCUGUUUCCAGUCCAAGACUGUGUAGACUAUGGCACUUCUGCGUUUAACAAGGCUGUGCACUUCUCAAACAGCUGAAGACUCUUUGUAGAUUGAUGUUAAACAGUCUUAAUAAUGUUCACGACACACCUACACAUGAUACACCCGGAUAUCUGGAUUCUCUAUUUUGUUAUAUGGAAAACAUUUCAGGUCUUUUGUGAGGACACAUGACUUGUGUUAUUUUUAGAUUUUGUGGGUCUUAUAUAUAUAUAUAUAUAUAUAAUAUGGAAGCCCAUUUCCACCACAUAAGAAAAAAAUCAUGCUCUGGUAAAUCAUAGGUGAGACAAAAAGUAGAAAUUAUUACUUUUUAUCUCAUAAUUAUGACUUUUAAAGUCAAACUUAUGAUUUUUCCCUUCAUAAUUAUGAUUUAGCAGAGCAUGAUUUAUUUUCGUUUGUGACGGAAAUGGGCUUCCAUACUAUAUGCACUGAACAAUGAACAAAAUGACACUGUAUUAGAAUAGGAAUGAAACUAUUUUCUAAAAAAGGCAGAUGUAUUCCUAUGACACAUUAUGUUAACUUCACUUUUUACACAAGUAUGUUUUGAUGUUAUUCCCAUGGCUGCUGUUUUUAGUAUUUGUGUUUUUUGUACAUGAAUGCAUGGUAAUGGAUCUGAUGUUUCUUUCAGACAUUACAUUUAAAUUCAAAGCAGAGCACUUCCAUUGACUGCAGUAUUGUACCUUUGCACACUGUGUCAUGCAUUUGAUGUUAUGAUAUUAUGAUUGCCAAUUUAAAUGUGAAUGCUGAUGAUGAAUUUCAGUAUAGAAAUAAACUACUGUAUUUCCUUUU